GAUAAAUUUGCUCCACCGCAGCUCCAGUGUCGCAGUAUGACGAAAACCACCGCGUGGAUAGCAAACGAGCUCUAAGGAAGUGCUAUAACAUUAUGCACGUGCCUUCGCAACGCGUUAUACAUGUAGCUACAGCAUCACCUAAACUACUCGACUGGGGUGGUUUUUGACGGGGUUUUCAUAACAAGGGCUCUCCAAUGUGAUUGAAGCAAUGCUAUCAUUUCCAUGAGGUGACGUUUAGUUUAGUUUUCGUUUCGUUUCCGGAUUUGCAAAAUACUUGUGUCUGCGAUCAAGUGUGACUAUAAAUCGAAACGGACGCCUCUCUGUCAUGGCUUGUCUGGUUUAAUUUGCCAUUCUCCUCCAACAACCAGUGCUCGUACAAGUCCAUCUUGAACCAUGGGGCCCGAUGGGAAGGUUAUCCCAGCGAUCAAUCGCCAUGUCAAAGGCAGCACCCCACUCCAGCGGAAAUUCCGCCUCUUUCAUCGGCUAGUCGUAUUUGGUGCUGCUGUGUGGUAUAUUGUCAUCUCCUUGAUGGCGACCGAUGCCGCGUUGGACAUUUUAAAGGAUCAAGCACACUACGAUAGCGGUCUAAUCCACUUUACGUCGCCGCUCAUCGCCGGUUAUGCUGGUACGAGCACGAUCCGAAAGAGUCCUCUUGUGGUGGAUGUUUUGGGAGACUCAACUAAACCGAGAAACUCUGGAACACUUUUUCUGGAAUCGGAGUCCAAUUCCUCGUUUACGCAGUGCUCGGCUGUCCUUGCUGGACAUGGAGUGGACAUUUACACGGAUGAAUUCCUGCGUUGGAUGUUCGAGGUUUUUCAGAACAAGACGGCUUACAACAUCUCGCUACUUGAUGAAGUGGAGUUGGUACUGCCAGUUGUGGACUGCGAGCUGUCGAUCAUCCGCGGUGGAAGUGCUGCUGUCGCUAGAGUGAACUACCUUGCGCGUUAUAAAAAUGACACUGAGCGUGUUUUGUUACUUCCGACAUCAUUAUCGAUUCAAGACUAUUAUAUCACGGAGCAAUACGAACGCGGAGCAGCUUUAUUGCUGAGUUUUGCGGUUGUUGAGGACAUGGCAACUGAAGAUCCGAUACCUCACCAUUUCGCAAUUGCAUUGGACUAUCCGUAUGAGUACAAACCAGACUUUGAAGUUUGCACAUUCUACGAGUACACUUCAGAGGGGUUUUGGUCGUUUGAGACGAUUCCUCGUGAUUCUUUCAUGAGACCUCCAAAGCCGCUGCUUACAGCGCGACAACUUGGAUUUUAUCUCGAUAAAGAGACUUCGCAGGUAAACCAGAUCAACUUCCAUUGGAUCCCAGCCGAUGAUCCAGCCACUGAGUUGGCAAAUUGGACCUGGCGCGGCGAUGCUGUUAUUCGCGAUAACUGGGCUUGGGUGCACAUUAUCCACCUGUUCUUUGCAAUCGACGUGAUGUUCCAGCUGAGUCUUCUCUUGUUCCUCGUGUACCGCAGCAUUUUACAGAAGCAUUUCUGGAUUGGAGAUGCAUUUGCAUCUAUUUCAAAUGCAUUACUCUAUCGUGGAAUCUACGUGAUCAUUUCCAACCACGUGAACGGCUACUGGACUCUCACCGAAUUCUGUCUUGCUCUGGCGGACCAUAUUAAUGGAAGCUCAAACGUAAAGUAUCGUCCAGCGCUGGUGCACGCCGAUAUGCUCACAAUUUAUCUCAAUAUCGUGAGUGUGCUCAGCUACGUGGUACGUGAGCGAAUCGACCCGAUUUUUGUGUUGGUUUGCUUCGAGAUCGGAUUCAACUCCCGAGAAGCCAUGACAAAACUCUUCCCGUCGCUGAAACAAAUGCUCAUCGAUUACUCUACCACUGAAGCCACCUAUGGUCUAGUGGCGGUAGACGAUUUCUUGUCCAAGUUGUCUCCAAUGCGACUGUGGACUGUGCACCCGAUCCACCAGAAUGUGUGGCCGUUAAUCACUGUCACUUUUGUGAUCAUCUACAGCACCAUACUGAUUAUCUUGGUGUACGUGUUCGUGCGGAAACUCCUGCGCUACCGUUCCCCGAAAUCUCAAACUGAUAUCAACGACAUAAGCAUAUCCAGACGUCAAACCUCGAACUUAUCCCUCCGCGAUGACGCGGAUGAACCUCAAUUGAUGCAGUUUGAGACAGCUACGGGAUCAGUGCUGAAGAAUCGCUUUGGCAUCUUGUCGACUUACAAGAACUACACGUACAUCAAUGGCCGCAGGUUUGCAUCAGGCGAUGCCAUUUACUGCAACGGAUUCGUGGUUGCCAAUGACAAAUUUAUCAUUGCCACUGAAGAUUUGAUGUCUCUGCUUAUCAUGAAGAUCACGCGUGCACGUUUCACGAACAUCUACGUCUACACGAUUAAAGAAGGCAGGGAUGUUAACCAAACGGCUCGCCUCGUGUACCCGACAACGAUUUCCUGGCAUGAUUUGGCAAAAGUAAGUGUCAGUCCGUUGUCGUGAAUCUCUCAGAUGCUUUUCAAUAUCAUAUAUAGGUGCAUUGAUAGCAAAGAAAAGAAAAUAAUAUGAAUGCAUUUUUUU